AACUCCAUCAUCACAAGAACACUCCAAAAAUGUCCAUAGACAUCUUAGGCUGCCUCUUUGUCUUCACAUAAUAGGACUCCAACUUUUCCUACUUUGUAAUAUCAGAAAAUUUUGCCAUCUUCUUGUUUAUACAUCUUCUUCCUCCAUCUUUCCCACCUCUUUCUUCCACUGCAAAAAAAUGCACUUCUGGAAAUGCUUUGGUUGCUUCUGUCCAGAAAAACCAAAGAUCAGGGAAAUGAAGGGUAGGGAUUACCCAUGGGAAAUGUACAGUCUGAAGGAGCUGCUGCAUGCAACAAACAGCUUCCACAUUGAUAACAAGAUUGGCGAGGGAGGUUUUGGAAGCGUUUAUUGGGGUCGAACAAGUAAAGGCGCUGAGAUAGCAGUGAAAAGGCUGAAGGCAAUGAGUGGAAAGGCAGAAAUGGAGUUUGCAGUGGAAGUGGAGGUACUUGGGAGGGUUAGACACAAGAAUUUGUUGGGAUUGAGAGGUUUCUAUGCUGGUGGUGAAGAGAGGCUUAUUGUCUAUGAUUAUAUGCCUAACCACAGUUUGAUCUCGCAUCUCCAUGGUCAGCUAGCUGCUGAUUGUUUGUUAGAUUGGCCACGUCGAAUGACCAUUGCCAUUGGAUCUGCUGAGGGACUUGCGUACUUGCACCAUGAGACAAAUCCUCAUAUAAUUCACAGAGACAUAAAGGCAAGUAAUGUCCUUCUAGACUCAGAAUUUCAAGCAAAAGUUGCUGAUUUCGGGUUCGCAAAGCUAAUUCCAGACGGAGUGACUCAUUUGACCACAAGAGUGAAGGGAACACUGGGGUACUUAGCACCCGAGUAUGCCAUGUGGGGGAAGGUGUCAGAAAGCUGCGAUGUUUAUAGUUUUGGAAUUUUACUCCUCGAGAUAAUUAGUGCUAAAAAACCUAUAGAGAAACUUGCAGGAGGUGUGAAGCGUGACAUUGUGCAAUGGGCUACCCCAUAUGUUAACAAAGGUGCAUUUGAACAUAUUGCUGACCGGAGGUUGAAUGGUAAGUAUGAUCGAGCACAAUUAAAAACAGUGAUUAUGAUCGCCAUGAGAUGUACGGAUAGCAAUCCUGAUAACAGGCCGAGUAUGUUGCAAGUGGUGGAGUGGUUAAAGGAUGGUGUAGAGGGGAAAAAGAAAGUGGUACAACUGUUGAAAAACGAUGAAGAGGAAGAUGGUGAUGAUGAUACUGAUUAUGAAGGGGUUGGAAUGGGAAAAUCUACAAUAAAAAUCAACCAAAAUGGGCUAAGGAGGAGAUGAAUACUAAUUGUACUUGUUGAAUUUCUUUUUCAUUUUUAUUAUUUUUUGUUUUUUAUAAUUUUUUUGGGUCAGCCUUUGUGUAUUUGUUGAAAUUGAAAUGUAUCUUGGGCUUUCUAUUGUGGAGCGGAUGUUUUAGUUCAAAUCUAAUCGAUUAUUAAAAAGUAAUAAA